GAUCCGAAGAUCUGGCGCGAACUGUUUCGCACCAAAGUGACACACGACAGCGAAAUCAUUCGCAAAUAACAUCAUUUUGCUUUAGAAUUUCUCGAUUUAUCAUCAGAUCUCUGACGGAAUCUAUCCGGCCUGACCAUGCAAUUUGGUGGAGAUCGGAAAAACACCCACCAGCGUCAGCAGAGAGGUCGGGGAAAGCCCCAACUUCGCGGCGGGGCCGACACAGCGCAGUACUCGCACCGGCUGCAGUUCUACCGGCUUCCGCCGACCGACAAUAUCUGCCUCAAUGAAUUCGAGGAAUUUGCCAUUUCUAGAGUGAAAGUGCUGCGUCAUGUAGAACAAGCCGGACAGAGCUAUGUGAGGGGAACCGACAAGUACAAGGAAUACAUGGAUAAGGAGCUUCGUCAUCUCAUGCCGCUGGCUGUCAGAAAGGAUUUGAAGGAUGAUUUUGAAGAAAGACGAAAAGAUCACAUUUCUCACUUCAUCCUGAGAUUGGCUUACUGCAAAUCGGAGGAUCUGAGACGUUGGUUCAUUGCUCAAGAAAUGGACCUCUUCCGUUAUCGCUUCUUGAUGGAGACGGACAAGAGAGAAGUCGCUCGCUUCCUGCAAGAAAACGAUCUGCACUUCACUCCUAUUCCAGACGAAGAAAAACAGCAGAUAGCCAAAUACCUUUGUGCCAGUAGCUACAGCAUGUCCAUGGCCAUGAUUGAGCACACGGAUUUCUACAAGGUUCCGUUUACAGAAGCCUUGGAUCUUGUGAGAGGUCGCAAGGUGUACCUUCACAGAGGCUGGGCUUAUGUUCCUCACAACGACUUGGUCUCCAUUAUACUCAGUGCCUUCAGGUCUCACCUCUCACAAGCUCUGGCCGUGACAGCCAGGAGCAUCCCUCAUCUUGAGGAAGACGAUCGUCUUCUCCCGAUGCUCAACAACCUCAGCAAGCAGUAUCUGGGACAGAACUACAGCAGCGGCAAAUCCAACACAGGCAAGAUUGAGCUCAAGGACAUGGACACGCAUGCCAGAAAGUCCUUCCCGCUCUGCAUGCGACAGCUUCACUCCGCCCUCCGCGAGAACCACCAUUUGCGCCACCACGGCCGCAUGCAGUACGGUCUGUUCCUGAAGGGAAUUGGCUUGACCCUAGAGCAAGCUCUAACAUUCUGGAGGAGCGAAUUCUCCAAGAUCAUGGAUGGAGAUAAGUUUGAGAAGCAAUACUCCUACAAUGUCCGCCAUAGUUAUGGUAAAGAAGGAAAGCGUACCGACUACACCCCGUAUAGCUGUAUGAAGAUCAUCAUGACCAAUGCUCCUGCAACUGGGGACCACCAUGGUUGUCCGUUCCGUCACACUGACAGCAACCUGCUCAAGCAGCGUCUCGCUGCAUACAAGGUCAACCAGUCUGGAAUAGAUGAGAUUAUCGAUCUUGUCAACAAAUCUCACUAUCAAGUUGCCUGCUCCAAGUACUUCAUGCUGACACACAGCAGCGUCAAGACAGAUGUUGCCAUCCAACAUCCUAAUCAGUAUUUCGAGGAGAGCCAGAAGAUCUUGAGCGGAGACAAGAAAUAUGAGGGAUCCAGCAGAUACACCUCAUCCCGUCCCAUGAGCCAGCCGGCGCCGAGUCCUCGCUUGUCUUCCCAGAUGUCUUCGGAACCCACCUCCCAAACCCAGUCCUCUGGCCAAGACCAGUUUGACGACGAGCUCAACAUGUCUUUUGAGGAGCUGGAGGCCAUGGAAAAAGAAGCUAUGGCGAGCGCAACCACAGCAUAAAUGGGUCGAGGUCAAAUUUGAUUGAAAAAGGAAGCAAUGCCAUUCCUUUUCUCUGUACGAUUUUC